AUUAUAACUGUAAUUUGUGACAAUGUAAAAUUAAUUUAAAUUACUAAAUACUAUUUACUAUAAUCAAUUAGUUUAUUGUUAAUCGUUAUGUAUGUAAAUUAAUCAUUAACUUAAUCGUUAUUCUGAUUAGAAAUUCAAUUAACCUUAACCAAUAUGGCUGAUCCAUCAAUUCAAACAUUUUGUUGCCGUAGAGCACUUGAUUAUCAUCCGUCUUAUAAACUUAUGAAUGAAUUCAAUACAGACCGUUUUAAUAUGGUGUGUUUACUGUCAUCAAUAAUAGGAAUAACUGGUGCAGCAUACCAGAUAUUACCAAAAUUAGAACUAAAAGUUCCAAAUAGAUUUUAUUGCAAUAUCAUGCAGCGAGGAAAAUAUAUCAUAAUGUGGUUAGCAAUAGCAGAUGUCUGUGCGUCAUCGGGUAUACUUUUGAGAUCUUGCUUAAAAUUAAUGCAUCAUUUUCAAUGGUACGAUGGACAACCAUAUACAUUUUCUUGUAUAUUUUUAGCAGUUUGGAUACAGUACUUUUACAUUGUAACUUGGUUCUGGACUUUGUUGUACGCUAUAGACAUGUGGAGAGCAUAUCAAGAUAAACACUCGUGUAGAAAAUUAUAUCAUUUUGUUGCUUGGUCAAUUCCUGCCAUAUUUACAUUUAUUGGACUUUCUACUCUUUAUAGACCAAAUGCAAACUGUCAUAAUUUGAGCCCUAAGGACAAUGUUGUUAUGAAGUUCUUUCCAAAUUAUUUUUUUACAUUUUUGCCAGUCAUUGUUGUUAUGGUAGUCAAUCCAGUGUUAUAUUCUUUAUCCACUGGAUACAUAUACCACAUAAUAACUUCUUACAUGGCACAAUAUUCAACAAAUGAACGGAAAAUGUUGGACUUAUUUAAACAGAGAUUUGCAUUAAUUAAUCUAGGAUUUUAUUUGUGUUGGUCACCCAAUUUAAUCAAUGCAGUAAUAGUCUGGACAUCUUGGGAUAAUUUACCAAGUGGAGUGAUGCUAACACUUUGGUAUCUAAUGGCUAUUUUGAAUCCUAUGCAAGCAUUUUUCAACAGUUUCCUCUAUAACUUACUUGAACAUACUGAGCAAAUCUGUUGUAGAUGUUUUAGCACCCAAAAUAGAGUUCAAGAAAUAGUAGAAUGUAGACCUUUAUUAAUAGCUAAUGUGAAAGGUUCAGCAAAUUCAAAUGGUUAUGAAAUAAUUGAAUAAUUGAAUAUAAAAAUUAAUAACUAAACCCAAACAAAUAUUUAUUAAAAAUGUUCAAGACAUAUUUUGUAUUUAUAAUUUUUGUAUGUAUUAUCUUUUUUUAUUUUACCUUAAAGGUAUAUCAAUAAUUUAUAGCUGUGAACAAAA